UCUGUAGUUCCGCCCUGCCGUCUGUAGUCCCGCCCUCACGUAUCAGCGGAUGCCUCGAGACGCAUUUCAGCACCUCGCAACUGUCCGCUCAGCGCGCGCCUUACAACGGUGAGGAUGUCCCAGGUUAAGCAGGUGGGACUGCUGGCAGCUGGCUGUCAGCCCUGGAAUAAAGAUGUGUGUGCUGCGAGUGGAGAUCGCUUCGCCUACUGUGCAACUCUGGCUAUAUACAUCUACCAGUUGGAUCAGCAGUACAAUGAGUUUAAGCUGCGGUCCAUCAUGUCGGAACACAAGAAGACCAUCACAGCGAUCAGUUGGUCACCGGACCACCCCGACCUCUUCGCCUCGGCCUCAGCUGAUAACCUGCUCAUUGUCUGGAACGUGGCCGAGCAGAAGGCCGUAGCGCGACUGGACAACACUAAAGGUAUCCCUGCGUCAGUGAGCUGGUGUUGGAACUCCACCAGCGGCGUGGCUUUCGUGUCCCACAGGGGGCCCCUGUACAUCUGGGUCUACGCGGGGCCCGACUCUGGGGUCACGGUCCACAAAGAAGCACACUCCUUCCUCUCGGACAUCUGCCUGUUCCGAUGGCACCCCACCAAGAAGGGCAAACUGGUGUUUGGCCACACAGACGGCAGCUUGUCCAUUUUCCAGCCAGGCUCUAAGAGUCAGAAGCAUGUGCUGCGUCCAGAGUCCUUAGAGGGCACAGAUGAGGAGGACCCCAUCACAGCUCUGGAAUGGGACCCUCUGUCCACUGAAUACCUCCUGGUGUCUAACCUUCACAACGGCAUCAGGCUGGUGGACAGCGAGGGCCUGAACUGCAUCACAUCUUUCUGCUUUCCCUCGGCUGCGGCGUCAGUCCAGUGUCUGGCCUGGGUCCCGUCUGCACCAGGCUUGUUUAUCACUGGAGACUCUCAGGUGGGGGUCCUGAGGAUAUGGAACGCCUCCCGCUCCAGCCCCCUGGACAACAUCAAGCUGAAGAAGACGGGGUUCCACGCCCUCCAUGUCCUCCACUCGCCUCCGGCCAAGAAAGCCCUGGGCUCCAGCUCGCCCAAUAAGAGUCAGUACACCAGCUCCACCAGCGAGGCGGUGCCCCCACCCACUCUAUCCCAGAACCACUCCUUCUCCCUGCCCCCUGGACACGCUGUGUGCUGCUUCAUGGACGGAGGAGUCGGCCUGUACGACAUGGGAGCCAAGAAAUGGGACUUUCUGAGGGACCUGGGUCAUGUGGAGACUAUCUUCGACUGCAAAUUCAAACCAGAUGAUCCUAACCUCUUGGCCACAGCCAGCUUUGACGGGACUAUUAAAGUUUGGGAUACCAACACACUUACAGCUGUCUACACCUCCCCUGGCAACGAAGGAGUGGUCUAUUCUCUAUCCUGGGCCCCUGGAGAUCUGAACUGCAUAGCUGGGGCUACGUCUCGUAACGGCGCAUUCAUCUGGGAUGUGAAGAAAGGGAAGAUGAUCACCCGCUUUAACGAGCAUGGAAAGAAUGGCAUCUUCUGUAUUUCAUGGAGCCACAAGGACUCGAAGAGAAUCGCCACAUGUAGUGGAGAUGGGUUCUGUAUCAUUCGGACCAUUGAUGGAAAAGUCCUCCACAAGUACAAACAUCCUGCUGCUGUCUUUGGUUGUGACUGGAGCCAGAACAACAAGGAUAUGAUAGCAACAGGCUGUGAGGACAAAAACGUGCGUGUGUACUACCUGGCCACCAGCUCUGAGCAGCCAUUGAAAGUGUUCACUGGACACCUAGCUAAAGUGUUUCAUGUACGCUGGUCCCCGCUACGAGAGGGAAUACUCUGCUCUGGAUCUGAUGACGGCACUGUGCGGAUCUGGGACUACACCCAGGAUGCCUGCAUCAACGUGCUGAGCGGCCACACCGCCCCUGUGAGGGGGCUACUGUGGAACACAGAGGUGCCCUACCUGCUGACCUCAGGCUCCUGGGACUACACCAUCCGAGUCUGGGACACCAGGGAUGGGACAUGCCUUGACACCGUGUACGACCAUGGAGCUGAUGUUUACGGGUUAACCUGUCACCCGAGCCGCCCGUUCACCAUGGCCAGCUGCAGCAGAGACAGCACGGUGAGGCUGUGGUCCCUCACGCCCCUCAUCUCCCCCCUGCUGCUCAACAUAGUCACCGGACAGCCCUGGGACCGCAUCCUGGGGAACACCGACAGAGCCAUGGUUCCUGGCUCUCCUCCGCUCCUCUGUGGCAAAGUGUCCCGGGACAUCAAGCAGGAGCUGGACAAACUCACCUCUGAGGCCAGGGUGAAAAAGCUCCGUUGGUUCUCCGACUGUUUCUCGCCUCCAGGGGGCAGCAACAACCUGUGGGACUUGGUCUCGGUCAUCAACGGACAGGACGACUCGCUGCUGCCCCCCAGCUACAGCAAGGGGGUCAUGCACAUGAAGCACCUGCUGAGGUUCAAAACAUCAGACGCCCAGGAGCUGACCAUAGUCAAGAUGUCUAAGUUCGGAGGAGGCAUCGGAGCUCCCAGUAAGGAGGAGAGCCUGAAGGAGGCAGCUGACAUCCACCUGAGGCUGGGGCAGAUCCAGCGCUACUGUGAGCUCAUGGUGGAGCUUGGACAGUGGGACAAGGCUUUAUCAGUGGCUCCAGGAGUCUCAAUGAAGUACUGGAAGAAACUCAUGCAAAGGAGAGCAGACCAGCUGAUGGCAGAGGACAACGACGAUGCCAUCCCAUACUGCAUUGCUACAGGGGACGUCAAAAAACUUGUCAACUUCUUCAGUGGCAGAGGUCAACUGAAAGAAGCCCUGGUGGUAGCACAGGGUGCAUGCGAGGGCAACAUCCAUACACCUCUGAGCUCAGUCAACAACAACAGCAGCAAUGCAGUGGACAACAAACAACAAUACCAGAGUCUCCUCCACAGGGUGUGUACAGAGCUGGCCGAGUGGUACUUCCAGGACGGCUGCUGUGUGCUGGCGGCCUGCUGUCAUCUCGCCGUAGACAACAUUGAGUUAGCUCUGUCCACUCUUAUUCGUGGUAAUGAGUUGGAGCUGGCUGUCUGCGUGGGGGACGUCCUCGGGGAAGCAGCAAUGAAGAGCACAGCUUACUGCCUCGAGCUUUUAGCAAGAAAGUACAUGACGGCACCUACCUGGGAGCUAUCAGCCGACCUGCUCCACAUGAUUCCUGACAACAAGCUCCUUUUGUCCAAAUUAUGUGCUUUAUACCCCGGAAACCCUGCUGAAAAUAACAGUUUGCAUGAGAGGUGUGGCCUCCCGCCUUUGGAAGAGUGCAAGAGCCUAGCCGAGGACAGCUUGGCGGAGGGAGACUUGUUAUCGGCCGUUCAGUUCUACCUCCUCAGCGAUGAGCCCGAGACCGCCCUGUCCAUAGGUUUACAGCAUGUCAAAGAACAAUUGAGUGGAUCUGAUUGGAUGGUGGAUAGUGUCCAGCCAAUCCUGGACCUGCUGAGUUACAUCAGAACAGAUCGUCUCGUCAUGGUCAAGAUGACUGAGGCCCGUAGUGAGCUGUUGAUACUCUGUGGCUACAUCGGAGCUUUGCUGGCCAUCAGAAGACAAUACACCAGCAUCGUCUCUGCACUAUAUGAAUACACCAGUCAGCUGUUGAAGCGGAGGGAGGUGUGUGUCCCGCUGAAGAUAGAGCAGCUGUCCGCAGAGCUGGACGCCUGGAGGACCUGUGCAUACACCAACAGCAGCAGCCCUCCUUCAGAGGAGCAGAGCCAGGAGUUCACCUGUCUACAGAACAGAAUAUGUCCCACUGAGAUAGGCUCUGUGGUUCUGUUUGGCCCUGACUAUGUGACCGGGUCCAACCUGCCCAGCCACUCAGACGUCCAGCUCUCCUGCUUCACUGGACAGAGGAUACAGGGCCCAGUGUUCCUCCUUGAAGAUGGUAAAUCAGCCAUCUCUCUUAACGAUGCACUCAUGUGGGCCAAGGUCAACCCCUUCUCCCCUCUGGGGACGGGUGUGCGCAUCGUCCCCUUCUGAUGUGCUCACACCAGACACAACAGUCAGAGCCACCCUGUGGACACAGGGAGAGUAAUAUUGUUUUGGGCUGGGCGGCUGCGUUCACACAUUACACGUUUAAAUUUGGUCACGUAUCGCUUUGCCUGAUCUGUUUGACAUUUUCGAUUCAGGAGGACAAGAUUUGGUCAAAGCAAAAUGAUCUGAAUUCCUGUCCAGCCUGGGGAAUGUUCCAUUGUUGUCUGAAAGCACAUGUUAAGUCACAGAGCCUUCCUUUCACUUUUGUUCGUCAUCUGAAUGUGAUCAUAGGGUUUCAUAAACAUCUGUUUCCGAGCAACUAAAGCAGGCACAGACUUUUAACAAAACCUAGUACUGCUGAUUAGUGAUCAUCAGAAAUUCACCAUAACAAAUCUAUCAGUUGAUAUGUGUACAUGAUUUAAAGGCCUCUCUCGAACUCAUUGAAAGUGUCAAUAUAUUGUUUAACCGUUGAAGUUGGGCUCACCUAAGUCCAGUAAACGUAUGUUUUUCAGCGUUUGAACUAGCCCUUUAAAAAACAAAGCAACAACAUUGUAUUUGUGUGUGAGCGUUUGAAGACCACUGAGGCAUGUGUUGCCAGAGUGGGGCCCUGCAGGGAGCUCUGGAUGCUUUUCUUAGUCAACGUUAUCCCACAGCUCAUCGAUACAGCCUCUGUAACCUGGCCCCACAUGUUUUAGAUGUCAUGUUUCAAGGUAUUGCUAUAAAGAAUGACAUAUAAAUACAAAAUGAGCCCAAUAAACAGGGUUGGUGCCUUAAUCUUUAAAUUCAUCUAUAAAUAGUGGCCUGCAUAGCCUAGAGUCCCAAAACUGCAUCCUAUCACAAAACGUAACAUGCCAGUAGAGGAGUACCACCUACAAUGUAAAACUGUCAAGCGUAUAGGAUGUAGCACUUCAUGAGCUUCUUUGAUUGUUUCUUGUUUUCCAUGUAAGCUCGAACAAAGCUUGGUCUUGGUUCCAAAUCAAUGUACAUACUUCUGCUAGGUAACGGGUGGGUCGCUGUCUGCUGAGACGAUGUACUUAAAUAAAGUGGAACCCAGCUGUGGGUCAGAUGUAGGAAGACUGCCUCCACAGAUGAUUCAUGUAUCUUUGUGUAUUGUACAUUUAUUGAAAAAGAUUGUGAAUGUCAUCAUAGUAAACUACAAAAUGAUAACCUUUUUUAAAUAAAUCAUUACAUUGAGCAA